AUCUAUAUCACCAUGGUGUAUCACUAAGCGUUCACUGAUCAUUUGCUCAACCGCUUUGCAACUGCUGGAAUCUGCUGAACGCGACUAUUGCGAAGAUACGCGACUAGCAAUAUAGGAGUAUUACAUAUAUGCAGUACUGCCAGUAAAAAACGAACGCAGCCAUAUGUUCUAAGGAAAACCAAAACUAAAACUUAAGCAGAGAAACAACCUAGAAGAAAGAUUUUAGAGAAAAACAGAUGCAACCUGAGCACUAUUUUUACCAUGGACUAUAAUACAAGCUACAGAUUAACAUGUGCAGUUCGUGAAGGAAACCUAGAAAGAGCAAGGGAGCUAAUUACUUCUUUUGGACCAUCUUAUACACAAGCAUGGGCAGAAGGAUAUGGUUUACUUUGUGAAGCUAUUAGGAAUAAGCAUACACAAGUUAUUAAACUACUUUUAACAAACGGUUCUAAAGUUAACAGCAACACUGACGAAUUUACUGAUACUCCACUUCAUUUUGCUGUUAUAAGUGGUGACGUAGAAAUUGUUAAGAUGCUUCUAGACAGACAUGCUGACGUUAAUGCUACAAAUUGGUAUGGCACAACUCCCCUUCACUAUGCAAUUCAACAUGAGAAAAUAGAAAUUGCUGAAUUACUUUUAAAUCAUGGAGCUAACGUUAACGCCAGUACCAAUAACGGUGAUACACCACUGCGUCUUGCUGUUAAAAGAGGACAUGUAGAUGCUGUUAAGAUGCUUAUAAACAGAGGUGCCAACGUUGAUGUUGAAUUUUGGAAUGGCACAACUCCGCUUCACUAUGCGAUUGAAAAUAAUACAAUAGAAAGUGCUGAAUUACUUUUAAAUCAUGGAGCUAACGUUAACGCCAGUAACAAUUACGGUGGUACACCACUGCAUCUUGCUGUUCGUAGAGGACAUGUAGAUGAUGUUAAGAUGCUUAUAAACAGAGGUGCCAACGUUGAUGUUGAAUUUUGGAAUGGCACAACUCCGCUUCACGAUGCGAUUAAAAAUAACAAAAUAGAAAUUGCUGAAUUACUUUUAAAUCAUGGAGCUAACGUUAACGCCAGUACCAAUAACGGUGUAACACCACUGCAUCUUGCUGUUGAAAAAGAAUUUGUAGAUGAUGUUAAGAUGCUUAUAGACAGAGAUGCUAACGUUAAUGCUGAAAGUCGAAAUGGCACAACUCCGCUUCACUAUGCGAUUGAAAAUAAUACAAUAGAUAGUGCUGAAUUACUUUUAAAUCAUGGAGCUAACGUUAACGCCAGUACCAAUAACGGUGUUACACCACUAUGUCUUGCUGUUAAUAACAGACAUGUAAAAGUUGUUACGAUGCUGUUAGACAGAGGUGCUAACAUUAAUUCUUCAUCAUAUAAGGUUUAUCAUGCCCUUUAUCGUGGCAUCAAUGGUUAUGAACCAGUUGCUGAGAUUCUUACACAGCAUAUAGUUAAGAUGAAAACUGCAAAUUUCUACGUAAGUGAACAAUUAUUGUCAGUGAGUAGCAAAUAUGAAAUAAGAUAUUUACAGGAUAUAUGUGAAACAGAAGUAGCAAUCAUGAAAAAUGAGAAAAUUAGUAAUUCUAACAUUUCAUUGUAUGAUAUCUUGAUAAAAGAUACAAAUCCAUUAGCAAAAUAUAUGAGAAAUAAAAAUGUAGUGCAGGUUUUAAGAUCAGAAGAUUAUAAAACAAAAUAUCCAAUGUACGCUAGCAUGAUAAAAAGUAAGUUCAGAAAAGGUAUGGAAAAGAAAGAGUUGCUCGAACAAGGCACUAAAAUUUUCUCUUUUUUCUGUAAUUUUCCUGAGCUACCACAUGAGUGUAUUGAACAAAUAUUUAGUUACCUCAGUAAUAACGACGUAAGAAGUUUAAUAGAUACUUGUAAGUCUGUUAGUGUCAGUAAUCUUAAUACUGAUAUUACUGAUGUAACACGUAUCUCAAAUACAUCUAAAGUGCUAUGUGUGUAAGUUAAAGAAGAACGAACUACUUUAAACGUGAAAUAACAGCUAUAAAAAUUUAAAGAUUAUUACUUUAUUUUAUAAAUACAGAUUACUAUCUUAUUUUAAAAUUAAAGGUUUAUAAGAGAGUUUAUCGUAUUUUAGUUUUUUA